AGGUAAGUCCAGUUCCCGGAUAACUACAAGCUAGAUAGAUCCCUCCCAUUUUCUCUUGUGUUUGAAUGCACUGAGAGUCUCUGAGUUCUCAAACGAUCCUGCUUUAACCUUCCUCGAACAUCUCACCUGUACUCAUCAUACAAAACUCAGGUAGGGGAACCAGACAUGAAACUCCCACUGGGCAUCACGCUCGCACUCACGCUUCUGAUAUUUCAGAACUUACAACAAGUGUCCACUAAGAUUCCUGAGGAUUGGCUAAGAAUUAAUGAAACACUAGAUAUAAUUGAAGAACAACAAGCUGCUGCUGAACAAUCAGGAGAAAAUGAAUUAAGCAUUGCAGUUACAUAUGCCAUACCUCCAAACAGUGAGGAAAAUGAUGGACUGUCAUAUGGCUCUGUGGUUUAUAAUAACAAUGAACAGAAUCCCACAGUGACAGAACCGAUGCCUCCAUCGCAAGAAAUCGUGCCUGUUAAUGGCACAGAGGAAGAUAGUUCUGAUGGAUCUUCUACAACAACACCUCCUAUGAUGGCAUAUAAUUCAAGCUCUGAAGUCUUAGAAGCAGAACACAAUGAAACAGAGACGCCAGAGACACCAUCACAAACAACCGCAUCAGUACCAGACCAGACCAGUCAAACUGAUCUUAAUAACACAAAUUCUGAGCCGAAGCCAGACAACUCCACAGUGGACAGCAGUCAUGAAGAAACGGGUUCUGGAUACGUGCCCACAGAAGUGAGCCCAACCACCACAACGAAAGGUCCUGCAAAUCAAGAGGACGUGCAGAACAGUACUUCAGUGAUGCCACCUGAACCACCAGCAUACGAACCAACAGAGGCAAUGACUCCACCUGUCAUCCAUGAGAGCUGGACAGAUGCUGCCCCAGAAACUGAGAACGCAGAAGGCAACCUCAAUGGAUCUUUUGACACCAGGGGUGAAUCACCAAGAGAUUCUGCAGGUGUAGAGAAUGAAGAAAAUGUAGAGAAUAAGAAUGGAAAGGCAUGGGCUGUCAUCCUAAUCAUUGGGAUCAUUGUGGGGCUCAUUGGACUCACUGCCUUUAUCAUCCUAAACCGAAGGAACAACAGAGAUUUCUCUCACAGAAAACUGGAGGAAGAAAUGUCACCUGAUCCAGUUCUCCGACUGGACAACAGUGAGCCACUAGACUUUGGUUAUUACAAUCCAGGACUACAAAUGGACAACAUCCAGAUGACCAACUUUCCACAUGGCCGCACAAACUGAGAAGAAAUAUGUGAUGCCAAAAAGACACUUUAUUUAGUAUCAAAUAUAUGUGAAGACAGAAGGAUGUUUCUAAGUGCUUUGCCAAAUGAAUCAAUAGGCAAUUUUACACAGCUAUACAAUUAAACAGUUCUGCUUAGGUGACGUCUUUUAACUAUAUUAAGAAACCAUAAACAAAGGAACCAAGAAAAUGUCUGUUAUGUUUGGAUUUCAAUGUACUGUACAAUGUAUGCCUCUUAUUAUUUUCUUCUGAAGGUUCUAGUUUACUUGACAUCAAUAAUGUAAUUUGUCAAAACCACACUUGAUUUUUGAAUGUAAAUAUUGCAAAUUGGAAGCCUAUGUCAUAUACCAUUGUAACACAAUACCUUGCACACUGUGUUUGAAUGUAUGUACAAAAACAAUAAUGUGAAGGAAUUGGAGAUAAACCUAUUUUUUGCUUCCCUUAUACAGUACCUUUCUUCUGAACCUAUAAUGUUUGCAAAACAUUUAAGUAAUCUGAAAGAGUAUUGCAAAAAAAAUGAAGUGAAUCAAUAAUGUUGCGAAUAGAUUUUAUGAUAAUAAAUAAUAAAUUAUAAAAUUAGA